UAUUGCACCAAUAGUAAUAGUAGCAUCUACUUUUAAUUUAGUUGAACUGCAAAACUCUUAAUUAAGGCACAAUGGAUUACUAUACACUUUAUGUGUUGGGAUUAAUCUUUGCCUGCAGUUUGCUCUUUGUUCUAUCAAAAAUACACAGCAAAAAGCUUCCACCAGGUCCAUCCCCAUGGCCAAUUAUUGGAAACCUUCACUCGUUAGGUGCAAAACCUCAUAUAUCACUAGCCAAUCUUGCAAAAAUUUAUGGUCCAAUCGUGAGUUUAAGAUUAGGCCAAAUAACCACAGUGGUCAUUUCUUCAUCAUCCAUGGCAAAACAAGUCCUCAAAAAUCAAGAUCAAGCAUUUUCAACUAGAUUUAUUCCUAAUGCCCUUCAAGCACACAACCAUUACAAAUUUUCUGUGCCAUGGCUUCCUAUUUGUACUCAAUGGAGAAUACUUAGGAGAAUCUUGAACACCAAUAUUCUCUCUUCCAAUAGGCUUGAUGCAAAUCAACAUCUAAGAUCUCAAAAGGUGAAAGAAUUGAUUGCUUAUUGUACAAAAUGUAGUCAAGAAGGUGCAGCUUUGGAUGUAGGUCAAGCUGCUUUCAAGACUAAUCUCAAUUUGUUGUCCAACACCCUUUUCUCCAAGGACUUGGUUGACCCUUUCUCGAAUUCAGAGGUAGAGCUCAAGGAAGUAAUUUGGAGCAUCGCGGCUGAGGCUGGGAAGCCUAACCUAGUGGAUUUUUUCCCUAUACUUGAAAGGAUUGAUCCUCAAGGGAUAAGGCGUCGCAUAACCAUUCAAUUUGGUAAGUUAUUUAAGCUUUUCGAUGAUUUGAUCGAUGAGCGAUUGGAAGAAAAAAGAAGGGGAUGCAGCGAAAAGAGUGAUGUUUUGGAAGUGCUCCUCAACAUCAGCACAAAAAAUCCUGAAGAGAUUGAUCAGAAUCACAUCAAGUCUAUGUUCUUGGACCUAUUUGCUGCUGGUACUGAUACAACUACAAGCACAUUAGAAUGGGCGAUGGCAGAACUACUUAGACAACCAGAAAUUAUGAAAAAAGUCCAAGCCGAGCUUGCAAAAGUCAUUGGAAAAGGAAAAUCCGUAGAAGAAACUGAUGCUUCUCGACUUCCUUACUUGCAAUGCAUUAUCAAAGAAACGUUAAGAAUGCACCCACCAUUUCCGUUACUAGUCCCACGCAAAGUGGAGCAAGAUGUUGAAUUGUGUGACUACAUUAUCCCGAAGGGAUCACAGGUACUAAUUAACGCAUGGGCAAUUGGUCGAGAUUCCACUUUUUGGGAGGACCCUUUAGUGUUUAAACCGGAGAGGUUUUGGAAUUCAGAUUUGGAUAUGAGAGGGAAACAUUUUGAAUUGAUUCCAUUUGGUGUGGGCCGAAGAAUAUGCCCUGGCUUGCCACUAGCAUUGAGAAUGGUCCCAGUAAUGUUGGGGUCAAUCUUGAAUUCCUUUAAUUGGAAACUCGAGGAAGACAUUGGGCCAGAAGAAUUGGCCAUGGAGGAGAAGUUUGGUAUCACCUUAGCCAAAGCCCAUCCUUUGCGAGCUAUUCCAUCUCCUAUUCUUGAUGUUGCCUAAUACACACACACACUAGAUGGGCAUGAGCACGGGCCCAACAUCUUACAUUUUAAAAUAGCAGAUGCAUGAAGAUACACAACUAUAAGUAUUUCCAGCUACAUUGACGUAAAAGCAUGACGAAUAAGUACUGUAAACUGUUGAUGUAAGAGCAUGUCGAAUAAGUACUUAACUUUACACUGGAGGACGCCUUUCAUAGGUCCUAUAGGCAUUUUACAUAUCCCAAACAAAAUAACAUCAGUAAUGUGUAAACUCGGGUAAUCCGAGAAUUGAACUACCACAAGCUAUAUUUUGUUUCCCUCGUUCUUUAAAGCUGUAGAUCCUUAAGUUGUGUUUGUAGUCGUCGUGUCCCACUGUCCGAGGUCUCCAAAUCUGCACAACCAGAUCACAAUAUUACAUAAAAGCAUGUAGGCAAUAUAUCUAAAAGACAAAAUUUGAUUUCAAAUACAAAAUCUAAAUAAAGUGAACAUAUUUUAUCAAUUACCACCUCAAUUUGAUGUAUCAAAUGUCUCUGUUAGCUUGGAAGAGAGGUUUUUUGUGAUGGUCCAAAUAUGAAUUUGGUAUACAAUGGUGCAAUUGCUUUUUCUUGAAGAUGUAAUAGCAAAAAAUUUGGCAGCCUUAUCCCGUGAAUGGAUACCAACAACGAAACUCGACUAAGACAUCAUGAUAUUAUAAGCAGUGUGAGAUCCUAGUGCAGGAUCUCCUCUCAAACGCUUGUAUCACUCAAAUGAAAAAUGGGAAUGAUCAUUUUGAGAAUCUGUUUUAGGUGC